UGCUCGUGUGUUAAUUGUCUCAAUUAUUCCGUAUUGAUACACAGUCCUAUGCUAAAAUAGGUCAUAACAACCCUAUCGUUCCCAAUUUCGGACCCGCAAUUCAAGAACAUUUUGCGGUCCCUAAAACUUCAUCAUAUGAACUUUACCCCUGUGGAAUGGUCGUAAGAACCGAGUUUGAAAAAAUCAUCGGCGAUUUGCAAAACAAAAAUUACGCCCAGGUCAUAGACCGCAUAACACAGGCACGCAAGAAAGGUGCAUCUGAUCCGCGAAUAGAAAUAAUUUAUGCCUAUUCGCUGAUACAAAUGAAAAGAUUCCUUGAAGCAUCUAAGGUUAAACUUCCAAAGAUUUUUGAUUCUAAUUACACAUACAUAGUCAAAUGCGUUUUUAUCGGGUUGAAUCAAACUAAGAUGCUCAAGAAGUUAAAGUUCAGCGAUCCGAUGGAGUUAUACGAAGUGGCAUUGCUUAACUAUGAAUACGAGAGUUGUGUGAUGCUUAGCAAAGAGAUAAAACGCAAUGGAAAUCACUUCACGGUGUUUUCUAUCGUUGCACAGAUAAUAUACGAAAAAAAGACGCAUCAUACGAAAUUGCUCAAGAAAAUAAUACAAUCCAGCUCUUACAGCACAAACUGUAUGUAUUUUCUCAAGAAACAUAAGAUAUUGGAAGACGAGGUGUAUGCAUUUGUUAAAGAGACAGACAAGAGAGAUCUUUGUUACUUUUUGACUAUGAAGGAAUUUUUUAUGGAUGGCCGGUGCAUAUAUUUUGCUAUGGGUAAAGACCGAGCGAGCGAUAAAGAAACCGUUAAUUUUCUGCUCGACAACUUGGAUGACUGGGAUAUUUAUGAGUACGCUAUUAGAAAGAAUAUCGAACUUCCUGAGAGACCGACCUUAAAUUACCUCUAUUACAAGUUUUACUACGAAAAGUCGGAGUGCGCACAGAAAAAAUUGAUUCAGAACAUCUCAAGUGUAAGUGAGCUGGAAAAAAUAAAUGAAAUUCAUCCGAUAGCAACACUAAAGGAUUAUUUUGAACACAAUAUUGAACAGAGACUCGCCAUCUUUCAUGAAGAUCCAAGUCUUGUCAAUUUAAAAUUGUUGCUUUCUCUCCUGAUAGGCUCCAGAGAAGAAAAUCUUGUCAUAUUGGCAUUCUAUCUUACCUACAAAUACAAGAACAAUGAUGAGUACGGAUAUGAAAUACAGCUAAUACAUCUAUUUAUUUGCCGUUACUUGCUAUAUCUACCAGGCAUAUCCAUGGAAAUGCACAGCUUGCGAAUACAAGAGAUACAGAAGAUCAACUUAUCGUUUCUAUACCACGAUGCAUCCGUGUUUUAUCGUAAAAGAUUUGACGAUAUUGAAGAAAUGGUGAUGAAUAAUCUAAAAAUCAUCAAUGAGUCAAUGAUUACGUUCGUUAACACAGGUAAAUUCGAUAUUGCAAUUUCUCUGCUAAAUUUAAAGAAAAGAUUUGAAGAUAACAUGAUUGUUAAGGAAAUAAAAGCGAAUAAGAUAUUGUUCAAUGAGGUUAGAAACAUGUUUUCGGAUCUUCUUGGUUCUAACUGCGUAUAUUUUUUUAACAAGUAUGCGAAACAAAGAAUGCGACCUGGAAUACUUAAGAACCUAUAUAAUCUGAAAAACACAGGCGAUGACUACAAAAAAUUACUGAUUAAUGACUACUACAACUUAAGGGAUGAGUCUGAGUUCAGCGAUGCCUUAGCAAAAAUUGUGGAGUACCAGGAAGGAGCUGAGGAUAUAUAAAUGCGCAAUAAAGAACUUUUUGGAUGUUUUAACUAUUUAUAUACUUUAGUGGCUC